AUGGAGUUCUUCGGCCGGCUUCCUCUAUAUCCCAAAGCGAGUUACGCCGUGUCUUUCGCUGCGACGUUGUUCGGCAUCGGACCAUCGACGACAACGCCGGCCUUUCGACAGCACUUUGGUCACUUCUCACCUGCCAUGCACGACGUGAUCGUCUCCUCCUUGCUCCUCCCCGGAACCAUAUCGGCACUCUUUGGCGGCAUCUUGGCUGAUCGACAUGGGCAUAUCCGCCUCAUCGGUGUUGGAACGACGAUCUAUGGUGUUGGUGCCAUAGUCGAAUGCGCCGCCCCGUUGCUAGGGUGGCUUGGUCUAGGGCUGUUUCUCAGCAACGUCUAUGUCCGCGGCGUAAUGACCGCUGUGCCACAACCCCUGAUUGCCAUGGGUAUUGUGGCAGGCUACUUCAUCCGCUAUGGACACACGAGGCUUCAGAGUACCUCGUUAUCGUGGCGGCUGCCUCGGACGAUCGCCUCUGGGUUGGCAUUCAUCAACUCGGCGAUCUGCUGGUGGGUUCCGUCGCCGUCGCGAUGGCUCGUACGACAAGGUCGACAUAGAGAAGCUCGACAAAUUGCCCAGAGGUUGGGCCUGGACGAGGUCGAGCAAGAUGAACUCCUAUGCCAACCACUUGACGACGCCGACGCUUCCGUGUCCGAAGGGUCCCUGCUUUUACGCCUCCCUUUCUACAACGGGCGCUUUUGGGGGUGCUUCCUUAUGGCUUUCCAGCAAUUUAGCGGCAUUGACGGAGUGCUAUACUACGCGCCGAUCCUCUCCCGAGAGGCAGCGGUGGCAAUACCGGCUACGCUACUUGCGGACCGAUGGGGCCGCCGAACCUCGAGUAUCGUAGGAGGUUGUGGUUGCUCGACUCUCAUGCUGAUUGUUGGAUCAAUGCAUGCCGCCGAUCAGGUCAAACCGGAGGCUGGUGCGGGUAAUCGGGUGGUCGUAGCCUCCAUCUACCUAUACACAUUUAUUUUCAACGGGACCUGGGCCAUCGGAUUCCGAACAUCCCUCAUCGAAAGCGUACCGAAAGCAACAAGCAGCGCCGCUGGUCUAGCCCAGGCCUCUAACUGGGUGUCCAAUUAUCUCGUCGCCCUGAUUACCCCAUUGCUCAUCUCCCAGUCGUCGUUCGGGGCAUACUUUCUUUUCGUAUCUUGUACUGCCCUAUGCACUGUCUCUAUUAUUGUUUUCAUGCCUGAAACGAAGGGACAUAGUCUAGAGACAAUAGAGCGAAUGUGCUGCUCAAAACAACCAGGACAACAGUUGGCUAGAUUGCGGGCACAAACAGGCCAUAACGGAAACGGCAACAUAUCGAUCCCCAUUCGUUCUACAUGCGCCUCCCUCCCCCGGCCCCCAUCUUCCAUGCCCUCCCAAAAGGAGAAAAAUGAGGGGUGA